AUGGCGAAACUCAAGGCACAUGAAGAACUCUCCACUAAUGCGAAUACUAUCAAAGCUCGCAACUGCGUCUCCAACCUUACUGAAGAUGAGAAGGCUGUUCACUUAGCACUCAAGGCUGACCAUGCUGAUCUGAGCUACUACUUAAAGAAGUUAUAUAAGUCUGCAAAGUACAAGACACGUCUACAGAAUGAAUUGAAGGUUGAGCGUAUUUGUGUUCGGACUGAGAAGGGUACCCAUGCAUCUUGCAUUGCGAAUCAGAAAGUCAAGAAUAUUAGCGCCUCUUCUUCUCCACAAGCCCCACCAUCUACUCUGCCCAAACAACUUCUGUCUGAGCUUGCUGCAUUUGAGGGUAUCUCAACGCGAGAUAUUUUAAAUGACGAGGCUGUUCUACCAGAUGAGCUUUCCGAUGAAGAGAUCACUAGCACCCAGGCUCUCUUAACUCAAGCGCACAUUGAUGCCCAUGAAGAGUCCAAUUUCUGCAAGUGGCAACAUUUCUGGGAUAGCUGUAUCCACUCAUAUACGAGAAAGGCUGGAAAGCUGAGAAAGAAGCCUGAGCGUCUCUUUGAGUAUAUGCCGUGGAUUGAUGUAGAGGAAGGCUUCAAAGAGGCGUUCUUACUUGUCUACUCUAAGAAGUUUGAUAAGAAAAAGUGGGCUAAGGUAUCAGCUGCACAGGAUAUGUUGUUCCUGGAGCUAGAGUAG